GUUGCAACGUCACAUGAUACAAUGUAGCGGAGAGGCGAGGCGGGAUCACACUGCGGAGUGCACAGACAGGCUGGAAACAAAUGUAACAAGCGAGCGUCAACACCAACGGCUGUCUUUUCCCACCAAAUUAAUUGUCAUCUAACGUCGUAGAAAGCUCGUAGAGGAAGGCCCAGGCGGGGCCGUGGAGUGGCUCAGUACAAGGGUGUGUGUGUUCUCACCGCCACCACCUGUGCCUCUCCUCCCCCCUGGAGAAGGCCAGCAGGAUCAGGAUGUCGGAGGCUAGAGAGCGUAGCCCCCGCCACCAGAGACCCUGGUCAGUGUACCGGGCCAACACCUUUGACCUCUCCUCUGAGAUGAUUGGCCUGGCGCUCGCAGGGAACAGCCAGGAUCCAGAUGAGCCUGUUCUAGAGUUCAGUGUGGCCUGUAAUGAGUUGGUGACCCCAGCUCUGGAGCGGAAACCCAACAGCUUUGUGGCCGUGAGCUGCACCACCCCUCCCCAGGCCUUCUGGACCAAACACGCCCAGACUGAGAUCAUCGAGGGCACCAAUAACCCUAUAUUCCUGAGCAGCAUAGCCUUCUUCCUGGACUCUCUGAUCAACCAGCAGACGCAGGUCAAGCUGUCUGUGUACGACGUCAAAGACCGCUCUCAGGGCACGAUGUAUUUAUUGGGCUCAGCUCUGUUUCCUGUGAAGGAGUUGCUGCAGGAGAAGAACCACAGGUUACACCUGACCCUGAGAUCUGCAGAGAACAAGCACGUGGGGAACAUCACCAUCAUGGCCUGGCAGAUAGAGGAGAAGAGGGACCAGAGGACUCUGCCUGUUGCCAGGUUACCAGACACCAUCAGCGGCAGGACCGUGCUUCCGGUGGAUGAGAGCCUGACAGAAUCCAUGGGUGUCAGAGCCAAAUAUGCAUCUUUAUGCAAAGACACCCUGCUGACAUCAGUGUUUGGAGGAACCAUGUCCAGAAUGUACCGUUUCCCCACCACGGACGGUCACCACCUGCGGGUGCUUGAACAGAUGGCUGAAAGUGUGUUGUCUCUCAACAUCCCCAGACAGUAUGUCAAACUGCUGCUCGAGGAGGACGCUGUCAGGGUUUGUGAGCUGGAGGAGCUGGGAGAGUUGUCACCAUGCUGGGAGAACCUUCGACGACAGAUAGUCACUCAGUACCAGAACAUCAUCCUCGCCUACCAGGAGACUCUCUCUGACCUCACCAACUACACGGGUCCGUCGUUCAAGGCCAGUAACCUGAAGGCAGAGAGGAAGCUGGAGUUCAUACCCACCAACCUUCAUGUCCAGAGGAUGAGGGUGCAGGAUGAGUCUGGCUUUGACCACACGUAUGACGUGGUGACUAUCGGGGCUCCCGCCGCCCACUGCCAGGGCUUCAAGAACAGCGGCCUGCGCAAGCAAAUCACCAAGUUCGAGGAGGCUAAGAAACACGUUUAUGAGGAAGAAUGCAGUGCCCUGUCCAGCUGUCAGUCUAUAGUGUACAUCCCCCAGGACAUUGUCCGGGCCAAGGAGAUCAUCUCCCACAUCAACACCCUGAAGACCCAGGUCAGCUACUAUGCUGAGAGGCUGUCCCGCGCCGCCAAGGACCGCUCUGCCAACGGUCUGGAGAGGACCCUCGCCAUCCUGGCUGAUAAGACUCGCCAGCUGGUGACGGAGUGCGACUGCAAACUGCUGGCCUCGGCCAUCCAGGCGCUGAACGCGGCGCGCCCUGAGUACAUCGCCUCCAAGGCGUCACCCUCCGCCGACGCCACCGAUCAAGUAGUCCUGCGCAACGACCAGGACACGCUGCUGGCCAAGUGGAGCGGAUGCAACAGCCGCUCCUCGCUGCACGUCGACUGGCACGAGGAGGAGUGGGAGAAGGUGUGGGUAAAUGUAGACAAGAGUCUGGAGUGUAUCAUCCAGCGGGUGGACAAACUCCUUCAGAAGGACCGUCUGCCUGGCGACAGCAGCCAGGGGGACACUACCCCAGGUCACCAGCAGGGCGGCAGCAGUAAAAAAGGUAACCAGAGUACCAGGGCAUUCUGGAUCAACCCCGAAUGCAUGACCCAGGAGGAGCCUUCACCAUCACUACCUUCCUCACCAUCAUCAUCAUCAUCCUCCCUCCUGCCUCCUCUCACCCUGAAUCUGACUCAUGCAUGCCCACCCAGCCCUGACGCAAACCCAUAUGGCAGCCCCAGUGGCGAGGAGGCGUUCCCAGGGGAGUGGAGCGAGGCGCUGUACCCUCUCCUCACCACGCUGACAGAGUGUGUGGCUAUGAUGAGUGACAAGGCUAAGAGCUCCAUGGUGUUCCUGUUGAUGCAGGACAGUGCUCCUACCAUCGCCAUGGACCUGUCCCUGCAGUACAGACGAGACGUGGUAUUCUGCCAGACGCUCACUGCCCUCAUCUGUGGCUUCAUCAUCAAGCUGAGGAACUGUCUCCGUGACGAUGGCUUCCUCAGGCAGCUCUACACCAUCGGCCUGCUGGCCCAGUUUGAGUCUCUGCUCAGCACCUACGGUGAGGAGCUGUCCAUGUUGGAGGACAUGUCGGUUGGCAUCAUGGACCUACGGAACGUCACCUUCAAGGUGACCCAGGCAACCUCCAGCUCCUCCCCCGACAUGCUGCCGGUCAUCACCGGCAACCGGGAUGGCUUCAACGUCCGCAUCCCGUUGCCGGAGACCAUGUUUGACGCUUUGCCGCGGGAGAUCCAGAACGGCAUGCUGCUGCGUGUCCAGCCGGUGCUCUUCAACGUGGGAAUCAACGAACAGCAGACGCUGGCAGAGAAGUUUGGAGACACGUCUCUGCAGGAGAUCAUUAACCUAGAGAGUCUGGCCAGACUCAACUCCUACUAUCAACAGUUCAAGGAGGUCCUACCUGAGGACUGCCUGCCCAGGUCCCGUUCCCAGACGUGUCUACCAGAACUGCUGAGGUUCCUGGGACAGAACGUCCACGCCAGGAAGAACAAGAACGUAGACAUCCUGUGGCAGGCAGCAGAGAUCUGUCGUCGUCUGAACGGCGUACGUUUCACCAGCUGUAAGAGCGCUAAGGACCGCACGGCCAUGUCCGUCACCCUGGAGCAGUGUCUGAUCCUACAGCACGAACAUGGCAUGGCCCCACAGGUCUUCUCCCAGGCCCUCGACUGCAUGCGCAGUGAGGGCUGCAGACGGGAGAAUACCAUGAAGAACGUGGGAUGUCGCAAGUAUGCUUUUAACUGUCUGCAGCUCAAGGCCUUCCCCAAACAUUACAGGCCCCCCGACGGAACGUUUGGGAAGGUUGAGACUUGAUUUGGAUCAUAAUCUACUCUAUUGUAAUGGGGACAGCAACGACAACGGCAGCAUAAAAAAAUGAAUCAUUGGUUAGAUGGUCUUCAACCUACGGUAGUUGGGGAAGUCCUGUGGUAAAUAGCUGUGCACUGAAUCGAUGCAUAUUUUCCAUUUCAAAGACGAAUAUCAGAAACUAUGGAAUGGGGAAAAUGUCAAACCACUACUGGUUGAGAAACGAUAUACAAUUUAUUCAGACCACACAUGCAUACCUUUUCUAGAUUGUUCUGAAGUUGUAGAUAAGUCAGGUGGGACUAGUAACUACACUGUCUGGUUACAUCACGUUUUUAGGUUAGUCAAGAUACAGCAAGGAGGUCUUUUCCCUGAAAAGACAGUCACUGAUUCUUUACCGCUAUACACAGUGAGGACUUUUAUUUCUUUUCAGAGCCUCAGGCAAUCUAUAGGUCACCAAAGGUUCAUCCUAGGACAAUGCUACUUCAUGCUGACUAUGUUCAAAGUUGUCUCUCAACCCAUAGUUAACAUGUAAACUGGGAUUCGUACAUUUGGUUGGCGUCAUUGGCCAGAGCCUAUGCAUUUCAGAGUUCUCAUUUAGGGAGUGUUUUACGUAUGGACUACACAUUGUGGAGGUCAAGCCAGUCUGAUGGACUUGAUGAAGGAUUCCUUCCCCACGUGGCUUUAGCAGUACUCUAAUCCUGUAGAGCAGGGGUUCUUUCAACGUUUUCAGCUCCAGAACUAAAUAAGAAAUUGACCAUCCUCCUGUGACCCAAAUGGUUCACCAGCGACCCAAAGGAAGACGAAAUAGUGCGUGAUUAGAGAUGUAUUCUCAUAACUCACGACCCACCUUUUGCAUGCCCAGGGCCCACUUUGGAACCCGACCCAUAGUUUAAGAAACCCUGUAGAGAGAUGUCCCACAGACUGCAAUGGCAACCCAAGACCAACCAGAGCUUUCAGUGUCUGAUGCGUACCUCACCCAUGUACUGUUUCCUAUUUCAUAUCUGUAACGCCUGCGUUCAACUUCUUUGCCAAAUGAAGGGUUGUGAUUGUGAAUGGAUUUAGCUGUGUGGCAUUAUCUGGCAGCUCACUGAAGUCUUAGCACUGUCUUAAAGGGAUAGUUUGGGAUUUUGGCACGAGUUCACCCGGGAGUCGGGUGAAGUUAGCAUUGGCUUGCGAAACUACCUCUAACUAGCUUAGCACAAAGAGGGCCUCAUUGCCAAAAUCCUGAACUAUUCCUUUAAGACUUAAAGAGGAAUAUGAAAAAGCUAUGAAUGUUCUAGAAAGAUCCACUUCCCUCUUUUACCAAGUUAAUUUCUGGAAAAAGUUGGGUUUGAGGGUAGCAAAUGAAACAUAAUACAUUAUGUAACAUUGGCUUGUAAAGGAAAUUGUUUAGAUUAUUUUCUGUUCUAGUAUUGAACCAUGUAAAGACCAGUAGUAAACCAUUUAAACACCCAAGAAGCACUUUUCUUUCAGAUCAUUUUCUGCAUUUGUUGCACUGUUAUUUUAGGAUUGUCUUGUUGGUAGGCGUUGUUGACCAGGGUAAAAAUAAAUAGUCAGUAAAAUUGUUAUCGGUAUGGGAGUUACAUUGUACGUUAAUCUGAAACUGUGCUGCUCAACAACAUUUGUCAAGUCUAUUUUCACCACGAGCGGCAAUGUCGACUUCCUUUUUUGCAACAUUUAAUGAGAUUGCAAUUUGAUACACAUUUGAGCCAGAGGAGACUUGAUCUGACAAAUGAGUCGUGUGUGUAUGUAUCAAAGCUUCACAUAUGUUUGCUUUUCAACAGGCACCUCUGUACUGCACACGACAGGAUUUACACACAAACUCAACUGUGAGAUGCAGUUUGUGUACAUUUAGUGUGUUUACUGUAGUGUCUUUAAUGUUAAUAAAUAUUUUUAGUAUUAUUGGAAACAUAUUUUGCUAUCUGCAGACUUUAUUUUGCAUUUAUGUACUAUACUAUAGGGUAUAAUUCAAGCGUUGGGAUUGGAUUUGUAUUUCUUUCUAUUGUAAUGAGCGCAUAUCUUGUAUCCUGCACAAAGAGGAUAUCUGUAUAGGCCUGACUGUUGCUUUAGAUGAAGCUUUCAUCAAUAUCUGACGCUAAUAAAAGAAUGUUCAACGUCA